UACUCUCACACGCUUGCAUACCAUACCAAAUGACAGAACCAAAAAGAGGAACACAAACACUAAAUAACACACUCAAACCAUUCAGAGUUCAAGUUUACUUUGUUUAUCACAAUUAAAGAUGGUGAGAACCCCAUCUUGUGACAAAAGUGGAAUGAGGAAAGGUACUUGGACACUGGAGGAAGAUAGGAAGUUAAUUGCAUAUGUUACUAGGUAUGGCUCCUGGAAUUGGCGCCAACUUCCCAGGUUUGCAGGUCUGGCAAGAUGUGGGAAAAGUUGUAGAUUGAGAUGGAUGAAUUAUCUAAGGCCUGAUGUCAAAAGAGGGAACUUCACUCAACAAGAAGAAGAAUUCAUCAUCAGAAUGCACAAAAAACUUGGUAACAGAUGGUCUACCAUUGCGGCUGAGUUACCAGGAAGAACAGAUAACGAAAUAAAGAACCAUUGGCACACCACACUCAAGAAGAGGUCUCAACAAAACACACUCACAAAGGAAGAAGCUAGAGCCUCCAAAUCAAAGGAUAAGGUACUUCCCAACAAGGGUGUUACUGUUACUCUUCCAGCUACUUCUUCCCAGUUUUCAGAUAAUUCAUCAUUAUCGCCAGCUUCAUCCACCAGCAGCGAGUUUUCCAACAUAACUUCAGAUCCUUCCACUGCUGCCAGCAUGGAAAAUUUGGUGUUUGAAGAUGAUGAUGAGUUCGGUUUUCUGGAUUCAUACAUUGAUCCUAUGAAUAAUGAAAGUUUCUGGAAAGAGCUAACACUGGAUGACAUUUCCUUUAAUAAUGUACCAAUAGUUUCAGAAGAUACCAAUGGCUGUUUUCAAAGUACAAGUUCUAGCAAUAGCAACACCCUUGAUUCUCUGCAUAAAUCAACCAGCGAAAGUAUUGUUGUGGAUAAUGACUUUGGCGGCUUUUUCGAUGCAUACGCAGAAGCAACCGUUGACAACUUUUGGACACAACCAUAUGUGGCUGGCAUGUCCUCCAACGUUCCAACUGAACUACUUGCUCCCUCCGUUGCAGAAUCUGAAUAUUUUACUCCAAUAUAUGAUGAUCUGUGGGGCCAAACUCAUUUGUAUUAUUAGCUUAUAUUCUGAUAUACAAAAAUAGUGCUUGUUCAGUUUGAGAGUAACUACUACUAUUAUACACAGUCAUGAAUAAUGAUAAUUAUUGUUACUUAUUGCAGGUGUGUAUUAGUCGGGUUUAAACGAGAGUGUAUAUAUAUAUAAAUAAAGUAUGUAUAUUGAAGUUGCUUUA